CCACUGCUGUAAUUCCAGUGCCUGCGGACGUGUUUGCAAGGAAUUCCCUGUGGAAAGGCUCCUACGAGUACAUGGGGAAGAAGCAGCCAGCCAUGCUCUCUGUCACCAGCUUCGACCCUGCCACCAGCAAGGUCAACGCCACCUUGAUCGACCACAGCGGGGUGGAGCUCCAGGUGUCAGGGAUUUACAAGAAGGAAGAUGUGCACCUGCUGCUCCAGGUGUACCAGAUCAUGGGGCCACUGGAGAUCUUUGCCAACAAGUUCAGGAAUGAUAAAUGGGCCCUGGAUGGGCACGUCUCGUCGGAGUCCUCGAGUGGCACCUUCGUGUACCAGGGCUUUGUGCGUGGCAAAGGCUUCGGGCAGUUUGGCCUCCAGAGACUUGACAUCAGCAUGAUGGAAAAUGAUCCUGAAUCCAUCGGCCACCACUUUGCAUCCAACAGCAGCUCCGUGGCAGCCGCCAUCCUUGUGCCUUUCAUCGCCCUGAUUAUUGCAGGGUUUGUGCUUUAUCUCUACAAACACAGGUGGGUUUGGGGCAAGAAUCCCAAAAGGUGAAAGAAAUUUAGGGAUUUGAGGGGAAUAUCAGUGAGCUGAGCUUAAAAUCCGCCUUUCAGGGCUGGUUCAAUUCAGGAGGUGGGACAAAAAUAGGGUUUGGGAGGUUAUUGCAGGGUUUGUGCUUUAUCUCUGCAAACACGGGUUUGGGGAAAGAAUUCCAAAAGGUGAAA